UCUGUUCAUUAUCUUUAGUGAGUCUUCUGAUAAUGUUGGCUUUGGGGUUUCUGCUACUUGUUGCCUAUGCCGAAUCGGCUGACCCAACUAAAUGUUGUGUUGAUAGAGAAUUCGAAGCGUAUCUUGAUGAAGCAGGUAGCUAUUUCACACCUCAAGAUAAAGAAUUUCACCCUAUUAAGGGAUUCACAACUAUCGCUUAUGACUUUUAUUCCAAAAGAAUGAACCUUAGGGUUCACAACACAUUAGAAAACGGAACCGUGAUCAACAGUAAUCUGCUAUUUGAUUAUGCUAAUCAAAUAGAGUAUGCCAUCUAUAAAGGCAUAUGCACAGCUCAUAAAUACCAUGUACCAAUGAGACAGCCUUGUAUACCAGCUAACGCCACAUACGACGGUCCAUUGACUAUGGGCUAUGGUUCAAACACUCUCAAACUUGAAACAUGGAAGUACCCUAUAUCAGAACUCAACUCUGACGUAAAAUUAUCAAUCUCUCAAGAUGGAUGUGUUCCUGUUGUUGAAUCUAUUUAUAUUAAAGGCAAAAAUGGAGCGGACACCGAUAUAAUAUAUAUCAUCAGUAACUUCACUCCUGGCAUUAAAAACAGAGGCAGACUUGAAAUACCUACGAAAUGUAUUGGAGUAGUACCAAAGGAUACCCUCAUUAUUGGUUGAUCAGAAUAACGGUAUAAACUAAGAACUUG